CUUCCUCCGAUCCCCAGGCCCGGCUGGGGUCCACAGCUUUGGUUGCUCUCUCUCUCAUGGUUGGUGGCACUUCCCUAUAGCCUGGUGAAACUAAUCCCACUAGCCGGUGUCAGGAGCUAUAUAUAACCACCCUCCAUUGUAGCUUGCUUCCUUGUACCCCAUCACCGGCCGGCCUCAAUUCCCUUUGCCUAGCUUCUCAAUGGUGGUCGACGUCUGAAGAAUUGUACAUGAUCAGCUGAUACACCACUACAUACUGCCGCACCCUUCUUCUUCCUUGUUCUUGCUAGUCUAGCAAUAGCAAGUGAUCGAUCAUGAGCAUCUCGGUGAACGGACAGUCGGUGGUGCCGCCGGGGUUCCGGUUCCACCCCACGGAGGAGGAGCUCCUCACCUACUACCUCAAGAAGAAGGUGGCCUCGGAGCGCAUCGACCUCGACGUCAUCCGCGACGUCGACCUCAACAAGCUCGAGCCAUGGGACAUCCAAGAGAAGUGCCGCAUCGGGUCGGGCCCCCAGAACGACUGGUACUUCUUCAGCCACAAGGACAAGAAGUACCCGACGGGGACGCGCACGAACCGCGCCACGGCGGCGGGGUUCUGGAAGGCCACCGGCCGAGACAAGGCCAUCUACACCUCCGCCCGCCGCAUCGGCAUGCGCAAGACGCUCGUCUUCUACAAGGGCCGCGCCCCGCACGGCCAGAAGUCCGACUGGAUCAUGCACGAGUACCGCCUCGACGAAGCCCACAACCCUUCCGCCGCCGCCGCCGCCGCCACCGCCGGCGACCCCUACUACUCCUCGCCGCCGCCUGCCGCAAUCCGCGGCGCGGCGGGGGAUCAAGCGGCGGCGCAGGAGCAGGAGGGGUGGGUGAUCUGCAGGGUGUUCAAGAAGAAGAACCUCCUGCACCACGGCCAGAGCAGCGGCGGCGGCGCCACCGCAUCGGUGACAGGCCACACGGGGGCGGCCUCGUCCAAGAUGGCGGCGCCCAUGGAGGGCAGCCCCAGCAACUGCUCGUCGGUGACGGUGAGCGACCACGCCAAGGCGCAGCUGCUCCACUCGGCCAGCGACGACGCGCUCGACCACAUCCUCCAGUACAUCGGCGGCAGGCCCUGCGGCAGCAACACCAAGCACCACGACACCAAGCCUGCGCUGCUGGAUCACCACCACCACCACCACCUGGCGACGACAACUACGGCGACGGCGUGCACCGGCGGCGGUCUCUACGGGAAGUUCAUGAAGCUCCCGCCCCUCGAGCACGCCGGCGGCCUACUCCAGAGCCCGCCGGGCGACUACGGCGGCGCCGCUGACGCGUCGGGGAUCGCCGACUGGGACGCGCUGGACCGGCUGGCCGCGUACGAACUCAACGGUCUCUCCGACGCGUCCAAGACCAUGGUCUCCUUCUUCGACGAGCCCGGCAGCGCCGCCGCCGCGGCCUUCUCCUCCUCCGUGCACGCGACCACCGUCGGCGUCGGCGACGGCGACCUGUGGAGCCUCGCGCGGUCGGUGUCGUCGUUGCACGCGGACUUGACGAUGGACAACGUGUAGUUGCUUCACAUGCAUGCGCCGCCGCCGCACUAACUCCAUCAUCUUCUACAUGCGUGCAUGGCCGCCGGCCGUAUUGCACGCUCGCACGCACGUGUGUACACGUCCGUGAAUAAUCCCUAGGGUGACAGACAGAGCCGUUGCUGAUGUCGUCGUGUGCCCAAGUGAUCGAGCUCGAGGUGUGCAUGGUGAUCUGUAAGAGAUCAUAGAAAAUUAAACCCAGGAUUAAAAGAAAAGACAUCAUCGAAAGGACAUAGUGGUAGCUAGGAAGAAACACAUGUAUUAUUAUCUAUAAUCAUUUGUACCAAUAGCUUAAUUACUACUGUUGAAAUAUGCAAUGCAUACUUGGAACAUUCUAAAAGGUUUUGGAAA